AUUUUCGAUCCCGAGCUCGUGAACGUUUCGUUCACUUCACCCUCUUCCUCAAUCCUUCCUUCCUUCCAUGCCGUUCGUGUUCUCUUUGAUCGGAACCGAGGAGGACUGAUCGGAGCGAUUCAAUCAUCUUGAACAAGUCAAGGUAGCUCAAUUUCAGUCCUUGACAGAUGCUAUGCAAUGGAGCAUCAGCAGAGUGGUUCGUCUGAAGGUACAAGUGAAAUGGGACGGACUCAAACACCUUUGAUUUGUGGACUACCGGAUGAUAUCGCCCUUUCCUGCUUGGCAAGAAUACCCAGGAAGUACCAUGCAGCACUCAGAUGCGUUUCAAAGAAAUGGAGAGACUUAGUGGGCAGCGAAGAAUGGUAUUCCUAUCGCAGGAAGCAUAACUUGGAUGAGACGUGGAUCUAUGCCUUGUGCCAAGACAAGUGUGACCAAAUUCAUUGUUACGUGUUGGACCCAAGUUCAUCGAGAAAGUCUUGGAAGCUCAUUCAGGGUAUUCCGCCUCGCAUCUUGAAGAGGAAAGGCAUGGGCAUUGAAGUCCUGGGUAAGAAGAUUUACUUGCUGGGAGGUUGCGGCUGGUGCGAGGAUGCCUCUGAUGAAGUCUAUUGCUAUGAUGCUUCAACUAAUUGUUGGAGUCAAGCAGCAUCUCUGUCCAUUGCCAGGUGCUACUUUGCUUGUGAAGUAUUGGACAACAAAAUUUAUGCCAUUGGCGGGUUAGGUUCAAAUCUGAGUGACCCUAACUCGUGGGACACCUAUGAUAGUCACACAAACAGCUGGAAAUCUCACUCAGAUCCCAACCUGGUCCCCGAGAUUGAAGAUUCCGUUGUAUUUGAUGGGAAAAUAUACAUCCGAUGCGGUGCUUCUUCCAUAUCGUCUCAUGUAUAUGCAAUAGUGUACGGACCAUUGAAUGGGUCAUGGCAGCAUGCUGAUGCAGUCAUGGCAUCGGGUUGGCAGGGCCCAGCGGUUGUCAUAGAUGGAAGGCUUUAUGUGUUAGAUCAGAGCUCAGGGACCAGGCUGAUGAUGUGGAGGAAGGAGAGCAAGGAGUGGGUGGUUGUAAAAAGGUUGUGUCAGUUCCUCACGCAGCCUCCCUGUCGGCUUGUAGCUGUGGGGAAGAGGAUCUUCGUGAUAGGGAAGGGACUGAGCACGGUGAUGUUCGACGUCGACGAGAACAUGAAUAUCGGGGGGAUGAUGGUCGGCUCUUCUAUAUCAAAGCUGACUUCGCCUGACUGUGAUGUAAUAAGCUGUAAACUUAUUACCCUCUAGAUAUGAUUCCUGUGUCACUCUUAUCUAAUUCUUGCGCACUGAAAUGGAGUUGUGAGCCUAUGUUGUAAUGUAUAUGAUGAUCGUUUGAACUUGGGACAUGGAUUUAUCCUUCUUGUUCAUAAAAAUGUACUGUGGAGAAAACAAAUGAAGUUGAAUUCUCUUACGGCUGUAA